AGCAACCAGAGGAAACAAUUACCAAACCGGAUUAAUCCAGUCGGUUUAAUUGGGUAUAAAUCCGGUUUUGUGUCAUCUCGAGAUUUUAAGAUAGACGGAGGAGAAGAGAAGAGAGCUUCGUCGUCGUCGUUCUUCGUCUUCGCCUCCAUGAAUCUCCUCAAAACGAUUCAUCACCAGUCCACCAUUACUCAAUUUUACCGUUUUGCCCCUACACGCUCCUUUCCUUCUUCUUCUUAUUCAUCUGUUUCACUCUCUCCACAAAGACCCAUAAUCUCCCUCGUUUCUAUCUCUAAUCAUCGAAGGUGCUCCGCAUUCUCGAGUGUCUCUGGUGCUUCGAUUUAUGGUAAUCAAGAGGAUGGGAAGAAAGAAGAAUCCGAGAGAAAUUACGCUUCGGCGGAGGAAGGAGAUGAAGUGGUUUACCAGAAAACGCUGAGAUUAGUGGAGUGUGCCAUGUUCGCUGCUGUCACUGGCCUUGUUUACUUUCUCAGCAAUUCUCUCGCCAUUGAGAACUACUUUGGGUGUUUCUUCUCACUACCAAUCGUGAUUUCUUCGAUAAGAUGGAAUAUUGCUGGUGGCAGGAAGACAAUGGUUGCUACUGUCAUGCUCUUGUUCAUAUUAUCAGGUCCGGUCAAAGCAUUAACUUACUUUCUUACUCAUGGUCUUGUGGGGCUUGCACUGGGAUCAUUGUGGAGGAUGGGGGCAAGCUGGCGUCUCUCGAUUUUCGUGUGCACAAUGGUUCGAGCAUUGGGUCUCAUAGGCUAUGUUCUGACAUCAUCCUUCUUAAUAAGAGAAAACAUUCUCGCUGUGAUCACAAUUAACAUCCACGCCUCUCUCUCUUAUGUUUUCACGGCCAUGGGCCUGAACAUAAUGCCUUCAAUGAGCCUCAUCUAUAUGAUAUUUGGGACAGUGCUGUUGCUAAACAGUGGAUUCUUUGUGCUGUUGCUGCAUCUGCUAUACUCAAUCUUCCUCACAAGACUCGGAAUGAAAUCUUCGUUGAGAUUACCAGCUUGGUUGGACAAGGCUAUAUGAUGGGAAUCAGGAUCUCUGUUCAGCUCCUAUUUUUUGCAGCUCCAUUGGAGACUCCAAACAUGGUUUGAGCAAUUCUGGUGGAACAUAUAUGUAGUACUUAUAAAGUAGGUGGUGAUGUCUAUAUGCAUAUAUAAUGGAUAAAAAGAAUUUAUGAACUCAGAUCAUCGGUCAUCAUCACCUAUGAUGAAACAAACAACAUUCAACCCAAUGUAAAAUCAAGUGGUUGCAUCAUAUUGUUCUCUUGGUCUAGAUCGUUGAUCAAUUUUCAUGGAUUGUACAUUGCAAUUUCCACUUUGAAGACUCGCUUCAUUGGUGCUUUAUUUGAAUUUUGGUGUAAUGAAGUUGGGAUAUAUCUAAA